GUAUUUCGUGAAAAUUGAAACACUAUAAAUAACAUGUUAGCGUUAAGAUUCUCAUUCAUCCAUGCACCCAUCUAUAUAUCUCAACCACCAUAAUUCUUUCAAUCUGCCAAUCUAGUUUUUCGUAACUGAAAAUGGCUUCUUCAAUCAGCUUUGCUUGUACUGUUCUCACCCUAUUGUUGAUCAUUUGUGUACAAAGUGAAGCUAAACUGUCUUCAAAUUUUUAUGACUCCACAUGUCCAAAUGCCCUCACUACAAUCCGCACUGCUAUUAGAACUGCCAUUUCACGAGAGCGUAGAAUGGCUGCCUCUCUCGUUCGUCUCCACUUUCAUGAUUGCUUUAUUCAGGGUUGUGAUGCAUCCAUCUUGUUGAAUGAUUCCUCCACAAUCACCAGUGAGAAACAUGCCACGGGCAAUAUGAAUUCAGUAAGGGGAUUCCAAGUCAUAGAUAAUGCUAAAUCUCAAGUCGAGAAAAUUUGUCCGGGUGUUGUUUCGUGUGCAGAUAUUCUUGCUGUUGCUGCCCGUGAUGCAUCAGUUUAUGUUGGUGGACCAUCAUGGAAGGUUAAACUUGGAAGAAGAGAUUCUACAACUGCAAAUUUAAGCUUAGCAAAUACCCAACUCCCCGACUUUCAGGCUAGCCUUGAUUCUCUUAUUUCGUUGUUCAGUACCAAAGGGUUGAGUGCGAGGGACAUGGUUGCUCUUUCAGGUGCACAUACAAUUGGGCAAGCACAAUGUGUCACAUUCCGUACUAGGAUUUAUUGCAACACAAGUGAUAUCAAUCUUGGCUUUGCUGCUACUCGUAAACGUAAAUGUCCAGCUUCUGGUGGGGAUGCAACUCUUGCACCUCUAGAUCCGGUGACACCUAAUUCUUUCGAUAAUAACUACUUCAAAAAUCUUAUUAAGAAGAAGGGUCUUCUUGCAUCAGAUCAAGUGCUUUUUAGUGGAGGAUCCACUGAUAGCAUUGUUCUUGAAUAUAGUAAGAAGCGUAAAAAAUUCGAAUCUGAUUUCGCAGCUGCCAUGAUAAAGGUGGGAAACAUCAACCCUCUUACUGGCUCUGAAGGGCAAAUCCGAAAGUUAUGUUAUACUGUUAAUUAACUUGCUUUCAUAUCUAUAUCAUAAAGAGUUAGAUGUUAAUGAUUUUUGAACUUUUUUAUGGAAUGAUCUCCGUAAUCUGCUAUUCAGUUUUCUGUAAAUUUGUUGUACAAGUGUAAUCUUUCAUGCGAAAGAAAGCAUUUGAAUGGUGCUAGUCAAACAAAGAUAAAGGUUAAAAUUA